AUGCGUUCCCUUGGACUGUUUCAGUUUCUGCUGGGUUGCGCAGUGCCGUUCCUCGGCACCAUCGACCGCGUAGGAGCCGUGGUAUCCAACCCCAAGCCAACUCCAUUUACCGACUUUACCGACUACAUUUUCUUUUAUCCUCCGGCGGACGCCGUCUCAUGGAAGACCCUCUAUGCGCGCUCCCUCCAACUCCCAGAUGAGUCCCUUCUCAUGACAUGGGAGAACUACCCGGCCGAGCCACCUCUGGUCAACCACCCCAUCUUCAAAUCCGUCGACGGUGGCUCCACCUGGACCAACUUCUCCGCUAUCCAGGACCAAGUGAACGGGUGGGGGAUGCGCUUCCAACCCUUCCUCUUCACCCUCCCCCAAGCCAUGGGCCGCUAUGCUGCCGGCACCAUCCUGGCCGCCGGUGUCUCUACCCCCAAAAGCCUCACCGGUGGCGUCUACAUCGAUCUCUACGCCAGCACCGACAACGCCGCCACUUGGAACUUCGUCAGCCACGUUGCCUACGGCGCCGGACCGGAAACCACUGCGACCGGAGACGCAGCGCUCUGGGAGCCCUUCCUGAUGGUCUACAACAACCAGCUGGUCUGCUUCUUCUCGGACCAGCGCGAUCCCGCCCACAGCCAGAAACUGUCGCACGUUACCACCACCGAUCUCGUCAAUUGGUCCGCGGCUGUGGACGAUGUCGCGUAUGCGAAUGUGGGAGAUCGCCCCGGUAUGACGACCGUUGCGCACAUCGAGUCUACGAACAGGUACAUCAUGACGUACGAGUACUGCGGGUCCGGCGGCUGCGCGGUUUACUACCGGACUGCGUCGUCACCGCUGGAAUUCAACUCCGCGACGGGCAUUGCACUGAGAUCGAACGGUACCUCCAAACGGGUACCUGUGAGCUCGCCGAAUGUGAUCUGGACAAAGCAUCCGAAUCGCACGGAUGGGUCGGGUUUGAUCCUGGCCGGUGCAGCGAACGAGGGGGCUGUGUAUGUGAAUGAGGAUGCGGCGGAUCCGGCGGGGUGGAAGCUGGUUGAUGUUGGGCAGUGGGCGGCGUACUCGCGGAGUAUGAGAAUUGUGACCAUCAAAGGUAACAAAAAGUUGCUGUUUGGCAACGGAGGGAACAUGGGGAAUCCGGCUUAUAACUCUGUCGCCUGCGGUGUUACGGAGAUUCCGACCUAG